AUGUCUGACCUCAAUUUUUACAUUGACAAUCUUUCUCGUUCGCUCAUUGCAAAGGCCUCAUCGGCAGAUCAGUACCUCACCACAACUCACCUGACCCAACUGCUGAACCCUCUUUUCGACUCGCGUGAUCAUGUCUCGGUGCUGGAGAUUCGACCCGGCCCGAAGAGCAUCCUCCACUAUCUCUCUCCCCGUCUGAGACGGAAGGUCUGCAGAUACACUGCAAUCGAACCGGAAGAUUCGUCCGCUAAAAAAUUAGAAGAAUGGCUUCAGUCCACACCCGAGACGGAAUCUCCGCUACCUUGCCUCGAAAGCCCGCCCAACAUCCGUCGAAAUUCCCUUGACAUGGCUUUCCCUACAUUGACCGGUGCCAUGCCGGUUGCAUAUGAUGGCAAGGAGAGGUUUGACAUCAUCUUUUUCUCUCAUGGGACACACUCCGUGCUUCGAUUUGCGUCCAUGCAAUGGACAUUGCAAAUGCUCACGAAGCGGCCUGAGGGUGGAAUGGUGGUGAUGAUCCAUGACGGUACGCUGCCUAUGUAUGUGACCGGACUGGUGUGCCACAGAACAGCUGCUCUCCCUGCCAGAACUUUCCGCGUGGUAAAUGACGAUGCAGUGCUGGAUAGCCUUGACUCUUUCAGAUCGUUCUCCCUCUCGAACAGGUGGCGGAGUUUCUGCCGCAGCGUGGGCCGGUGUGAGAAAGACGACUCGGAUUAUCUACUGAUCGAUAUGCCGACAAUUAUGACGGUCUUUCAAAAGCAUGCAAACUCGUUUGGUGAGCUGACAAGGCUCGUGCCCAUGCUGAACGAACCAUUGAAGGAUCGAGUGGCCCGCCUCAAUCAUUCUCCCUUGAUUGUUAAACCACGGAACAUCCAACAUGUGCAGCAUUGCGUUAGAUGGGCUUUGAAGCACGGGGCUGGUCUGACUGUCAUUGGCGGGGGCCACAGUAGCCACUGUACACGGCCCCACGUCGCCUCAGUCGACAUGAGCGAAUUUGACGAAGUACAUAUUGUCCCGGUUGAGGCGGGCACUGGAGAUCCGAAUCCUGAUUCUGGGUCUGUGGUAGUCGCUGGGGCGGGCUGCAAGACGGGCGAUAUCAUCGAGAAGACUAUGAAGGCGGGCUUGACAGUGCCCUUGGGGUCACGACCGAGCGUAGGAGCGGGACUGUGGCUGCAAGGCGGCAUCGGGCAUCUGGCUCGGCUUUACGGGCUUGCAUGCGAUGCCAUUGUCGGCGCUGUACUGGUCAGCGUUGACUCAAGCCAGGUACUCUGCAUAGGCGAUGUGCCAACUCAGCACAGGCCUGCUGGUGCUGUCCGCCCGAGAAACGAAUCCGAUCUACUGUGGGCGAUAAAAGGCGCCGGAACCAAUAUUGGCAUUAUAGUCAGCGUCACUUUCAAGGCUUUCGUGGCUCCGACCUAUUCGGUGCGAAACUGGGCCAUCCCGUUGAAUGACCGUGUUGAGGCGCGACAAAAGCUCGUCGAGUUUGAUCAGUUUGCGAGCAAACUUCCUCGUAACUGUUCUACAGAUGCGUAUCUGUACUUGGACAUGGACCAGCUGCAUCUUGGCGUGACCAUGUUUGAGGCUUGUAACACUGAUCCUACGCAUGAACUACCAUAUCCCACGCCGAACUGCACAUUCCUAGGGUCUGAACAUGAUAUCAAAGACGUCGACAGUGUCGGGCUGUUUGACGCCGACAUGUAUAUGACCAAGAUUAAUGGUGGACACCGCAGCGGCAAGACUUAUUCCUUUAAGCGGUGUUUGUUCUUGAAGCAAGUUGGACAAGCAGAUGUGGCUGACAUCUUGCUGACGGCCAUGGAGACCCGUCCCACACCACUCUGCUAUGUCCAGCUGUUGCAAGGUGGCGGAGUUGUCAAUGAUGUGGCGGCUGAUGCCACUGCUUUUGUCUGUCGAGAUUGGGACUUUGCAUGCAUGAUAAGUGGUGCCUGGCCCCGCGAAGAUGAAAUCAAAGUUGCCGGGGCUGUCGAGAGAUGGGUAUACAACGUCGCGAAAGAGUUGUUGCCCUUGAGUAGCGGUUCUUACAGCACAGACCUGGGACCAGACCCUAGGGACUCCGCGCUGGCAGCUAAGGCCUUUGGUUUGAACCGGCUGCGUCUGGCCCAUAUCAAGCACAGCUCCGACCCGCACAACGUUUUGGCCUACGCUUGCCCACUUCCAAAAGCACCUCAGCAUAAGCUCAUCAUUCUGAUCACGGGCGAAAGCUGCGCCGGGAAAGACUAUUGCGCCAGGAUCUGGGCCUCUGUAUUCACCCACGGAAGCUUCACGGUGCGCACAGUGAGCAUUAGCGAUGCGACGAAGCGAGCAUAUGCCGCAGCUACCGGCGCAGAUCUAAACCUGCUUCUGUCAGAUCGUGCUUACAAAGAACAGCACCGGUCAGCAUUGACAGCAUUCUUCCGGGGUCAAGCGCGGGUUCGACCUCAGCUGCCAGAAGAGCAUUUUCUGGGUGUGGUGUACGGGGCAGUAGACGUGGACGUGUUGCUGAUCACCGGAAUGAGAGAUCAGGCGCCGGUCGCAGCCUUAUCGCAUUUGGUGCCAGAUACUAGACUAAUCGAUGUGCGCGUCCAAGCUAGCGAAGAGACACGGCAGGCUCGUCGAGGGUGCCAGGGCCGUCAGCAAGAACGCGAGGACAAGACAGACAGCGGUGAGGGCACGUCGAAUUCAGACGCUGUAAACUAUUGCCCCAAUCUCAUUUUCGAGAACGACACCACCGGAGAUGAAGCAGUGAGAGUAUAUGGCGAGCAACACCUGCUUUCCCUCGUCGAUGAGAACCUGCAGCGACUAGCAAACAUGGUCCGCAAAGUACACGACUUUCCACGCCCGGCCAUUGACUUCCGCCAUGUGCUUGGAAUCUCGCAGCAGCCGGGUGGAAUUGCGUUGUGUACAUCCCUUCUACAAUCAUAUUUCACCGGUGACUGGGCGAAAGUUGGUGCGAUAGCGUGUUGCGAAGCCGGUGGCUUUGUGUAUGGGUCGGCGCUGGCCAUGCAAGUCGACGUACCUUUGGCACUGAUUCGCGAAGGUGGAAAGCUCCCCCCACCGACUGUUUCUGUCCCCAAAUCUACUUCGUAUAUCUCGUCUAUGGCGCCUAGUGACUCGCCUAAUGGCUCGAGUGAGAAGCGGCUCGAGAUAGAGCAGGGUUUGAUCCCCGGAGGUGCGUCGGUGGUAGUGGUAGAUGAUGUGCUUGCCACAGGGAGGACACUUUGUGUGGUGCUGGACCUUUUGGUCGAAGCCGGCAUACGUGCUGAGGAUGUGAGGAUCAUGGUUGUGGCAGAGUUCCCAGUUCACCGAGGCCGGGAGUUGUUGCGCCAGCGUGGUUUUGGUAAUGUCAACAUCCAAAGCCUUUUGGUUUUUGAUGGUGCUUAG